AGCAGCACAUGUUCAGGAGAAACGUCGGCCGCCCUUUUGCCACCUCUUUCCUGGGUUUGUCGCUUUUUAAAAGUCUAGGAAGUUAUCAUCGUCAUCAUUCUGCAAAAAAAGUCUGAGGUUUAUUCCUUAUUGUAUGUUCGGCGUCAUCGAUCGGAAAAGUCUGGAGUUUGUUCAUGAUCGUCAUUCUUUUGCAAAGAGUUAGAUGAAAGCAGAACUGCUCUGCAAGUGCAGCAACUUCUUCAACAGUAAUUAUCCUUGGUUGCCUCAAGUAGUCCUUCAACUCCACCAUCCUGCGUUCUUAGUGAAAGCGCUAGAUUGUCAACAACAAAAACGAUUCCCGUGGCUUUAUUAGUCAUCAUAUUUUUCUCCACGUCGAUCUCUUUGCUACCCCAACAAUCACAAAAAGGAUCAAGAUGUCGCCUACUUUUUCCAAAGUCGGACGCUGUAUGAUCCCCCUGCUCUUAAUUGGUCGUGCCCUUGAUGUUGCGGGAGCUGGUGGUCAGUUUCUGGCGCAGCGGGGCUACCCUACUCAGGUACUCUUGUUCCUACCUCGACAACUGUACUAGUGCGUGGACCCUCGCCACGACCUUACUGAAUUUUUCUUACCACCCGACAGAGGUCCACGACAAUUUUAAUCAGCUUUCCUCGCCUCCUCAUCUUUUUUUCUAUAAUGAACAAUAGCCAAGAGCACACUGCUACGAGCCAUGACGCUUGCAUGGUUUCGAGCAAGAUAAGAAACCACUAGAGGCGGCCCUCUUCUUGUUGUUGCUGCUACUAUAGCCUUAACUACACCAGAGUGGGCAUCAAUAUUAUCCGCACUACUGCUCUUGGCCACAAUUGGUAGAGCACAGCGGAAAAGCUUGAGGAGCUGCACUGGCCAAAUUUUACGCCUGCUUGCCUAGGGCGGCCCAGGCUGCCGAAGAUAGCCGGCCGAUGUAUCGCGGCGCAGCUCCACGCGUCUGGUCGGGGGUGAAGAUUCUGCCUUGCCCGGCCUCUUUGGCGAAGAGUAGGCCCCAAGGCUCGGAGGCCUGAGGCAGGCUCCUCCUCGAGGCUUUUGGCUAUUAGCGCUACGCAGAGCAGGCCUCAAAAGCCACUGGCUGCGGCCUUUGAGGCCUGAAGGUCUCAGACUGAAUUUUGAGACUUUUCUUGAGUAGCGCUACUCAGAACAACCCUCAAAAGCCACUGGCCUUGGAGGAGUCUCAAGUUUUUUAAACUGUCUUGCGAGCGUCGGAUCCUCAAAUUAUAUAUCAUCCUCAAAAACCAGUGGUUUUUGGAGGGGUAGGGCCAGCUCAAUGGGUAGAGCUACAGAGGAAAGGGUUCAAAAGUGGCUGGUUUUCGGGGAUGAUUUUCAACUUGAGGAUCUGACGCAAGACAAUUCAAGCAAACAACUUGAGGCUUCCAGGCCUCAAAAGCCAGUGGCUUUUGAGACCUGUUCUGAGUAGCGCGACUCACAACAAGUCUCAAGCCCAAGCUUGAGGCCUUCAGGUCUCAAAAGCCACUGGUUUUUGAGGCCUGGUUUUGAGUAGCGCUACUCAAGAAAUAGUCUAAAGUUCGAACGUGGCCUCGGGUGGCCUGUGGGGCGUUUUGCUGGCGUUUUCUUGUCGAUUGGCUUGGCGCCAGUUCCUUCAGUGGAGGGGCCCAGGCUUUUCUGCUCGUCUGACUAUUCAUUUAAGAGCAAAUGAAUAGGAUAGAGGCUCCUUUUAUUUCGUUAUCAUUCAUUUCUUAGCUGUUGCUUAGGACUCGACUGGCAAUGCUUAUCAUUCAAUCCUCUGAUCACGUGGCCAGUUCUCGGCUGCUCCUAGCUCCUCGUCCGUGCUCGAAAAGCGUGACCGUGCCCCAGAUGUCAACAAACCCGGCGACGAAGUGGCCCAGAGCAGUGGCCUCCUGCAGAUUGGGGCGGCCCCUGCUACCUGGAAUGAAACCAAGGCGGACGCGGUGGGCCAUGGCGAUGGGUUUUUUCAGCUGUCUGACUGUGGUUGUGGAUCCUCGGCGGGCUGCGAUUGUGGUGGAGAAGGUGAGGCGGCAGCGGCACACCCAGAUCGGAUUAAGUGGGUGCAUCGACUCGAAACGCAGGCUGCAGGUGGACCAGAUCAAAAGAAGGCGCUUGAGGGUCUUUGCAGGCACGGCAAGUAUAUGGCCACGCGCGUCCUCUCGGCGCUUGGCAACGGGUUUCAGGACGGCGAUUGUGUAAAACGCUUGGGGGAGUACUCAGGCUUGCUGCAGUAUGAGGGAGAUAAGGAGGAUGUGUGGCUGACUGUUUUCUGGAAGGAGAACGAAGUGGUGGAGUUUUAUCUUUUGCCGAAGGAGUACAGUAGACAGAUCACCCUGCGCACGCGCGACGAACAAGGAAAACGGCAACGGGAUGCAACGUGGUCGGACCUUUGGGAGACGUACAUGGGGCUGGUCGACAUGGAAAAAUCCAGCAGAUCCACCUUGGGACGCCUCGUGCGUACGACAUCGGUGACGAAGCCCAUCCCGGUUCUCUACAGCCCGCGCGGCCUCGCUUUUCGCUUUCAGCUGGCGCUGACCGCGAAGCUGCCGCGCAGCAUUUUGGAGGCCUGCGCAAACCAAGAUAAAGGUAAGUGGGCGAAGGUUCUUGGCAUGUUUAGCAAGGCCCGGGUCGCGAUGGUGAAGGAGACCUGCGCCCAGCUUCCUCAGGUCUUGACGAAGGUCGUCAAAGAGUAUGAGGAAUUUCCGGGAGGUGGAUCAAAGGGGAUCUUCUUCCCGGGUGCAGGGUCUCGUGAAGGGGGCACGAAUGUCAUCGGGGAGCUCUUCUACGAAAAAGGAGCGGAAGGGGGGAAGGGGCUAGACGCGGGUGCUGUCAGCGAGCAUGGCAAGCCUCCAGUGGUGCAGAAAAUUUCCAUGGUCGGAACCGCGGAAAAAAGUGGUCACGCAUGUGCAUACAAGGGGCCCCCCCAGCUCGCUUGCCUCUUUCUCCAGGAUGAAAAUGGCGCAGCCUCGCUAGCAGGGGCUGGCCGCUCGGCUUCCCUGGUGCGUGGCUCGUUUCUGCAAACGAAGGUAUUCUUCUUGAUUGGUUUGGUUUUGGCAAUCGCCUGCCUGAUUGGGCUUGCGGUAAUUGUUGGGAUUGUGAUGUGGAAUGGGCCAAGGCGAUGACAAGAUGGAGGGGAUUGAGCCAGCGGCUGGUUCUCCUAAGGGGUCAGGUGGAAGGUCGUGGGCAAGACCACUGAUCGAGACCAGUCGUCGCAUUUAGUUUCGUCUUGGUGUCGGUGGUCACAACAUCAAGCAACAACCUGGGCCAGCCACACUGGGUGGGGCCUUCUGUAGAGAGAAAAAAAAGGCGUGCAGUAGUAUGAAAAGCUAGCGCGACUGGAGUCGUCGUUUGCUUGUAGAUAGAAACAAGACUGUGGGGAAGAAUGAAAGGACAUGGGUUAACGACUUCCGCCAUUUUUAUAGAAAUGAAAAAUAAACUUAAACUUUCUGGGAAGAGACUUCUAUGCUUACAAAUCUUACCACGCUGUAUGCCUAGCCCUCCUGACUAACGUAGGCGCUGCCUGCUAGGGUAAUGCUUCUCAGUUCUGUGCAUGCGGACGGCUGAGGAGGGGGCCCCGAUCCCCACGACGAAGUAGGCUGCAUGCUGUUGUUUUUGUUGUAGUAGAAUGUCAGGCAGUGUGGCUUUGAAGUGUUUGCAUAUUAUAAUGUGAUAAAGAAGAGCAAACUGCUUAGGAAGUGCCUGCUUUUUUGAGGGUGAGUGCACUUUUUCGCUUUAUAGGUCUACUAUAGGUAUUGCUGUUGGCAGUGUUUUCUUCGAUCAGAGUAAUCACAGCAAGAUAUUGCUGCUCUUGUCUAUAUAGUUGCGGUGACUGUUAAUAGAGAGGCGAGAGCAAAAAUCUUUGGGAAUAAAAAUUAGAGCGGUGAGCAGACUGAUUCUGUCAAAGCUGGCAUGUGAGUAACAUCAAGGCGCAGCGCGUUGUAUAAGAUUAAGGCUAGAGGCUAUUCACCUUUCAGAGCAUCCCAGAAAACUAGGGGGAGUACCCUCAUCGCGAUACGGUUUAAGGAUGCAAGUCCAGGAUGAAUGCCGGACAGUCCUAAUAGAAGGUUAAAAAGCAAGCAAGUAAAAGCGCCAGGCGGUCACGUAAGAAUGAAAUAGAACAAAGACAGCCGAGGAAUUGGCCUUAGCAUUACGCGGCUCCUGGGAUUAUCGGCAGUUUUUCAGUGAGGCUUUUAAACCUUGAAAAAAAGGCUACUACAGGGGGGUGGGAAGAUGGCUGCUGUAAUGACGCCAGCAGCGGCAGCCUUCUUCAUCUGGGCACUAGUGCUGGCUCCAAGCCCCCAAGCCUACUGCGAUGAAGAUGGAGAAUGGGUAGAGCUGUCCCUGUUUCAACUCACGAAAGUGGGCGAUUAACUGUUAAAACAUCCAAAGGGGAAAGCCGCAGUUUCUGCAAGUAAGGGCUAACAGCUUUUUUCUUUCUAACAGGCAUCCAAAGUUCAUCACUCGCGGUCGCUGCUCUUCUAAUUAAAAGGCACAGGGUGACUGAUGAAGGGCCCCAAAAUCGUUUGUGAGGAUGAGCAAAGAGGUAACAUGACACGACAGACG